CACACAGGUGAUGGAUCCCUUCAGAGAUCAGAUACAGUCCACUUUGCUCAGAUAAUCCUCUCAGGUGCGUAAUAGCUAGCUAGAUCGAUCGUCCCCAUGGCGAACGAAGAAAUUCGUGACGCAGGGAAAGAAGAGGCACUGUCUAAGCAUUUGUUGUCCCUAAAGAAAAAGGUGGAUGCCAGCAACGUAGAAAUCGAGGCAAUGAUCCCUCAAGUUAUCAAGAUCCAAAAAUGCCCUCCUUAUUGUGCCGGGUCCCCAUCUUGCUUUGCAGGCAAAAUCCAGAAGCAUACCGGCCAAGCACAGUAUCCAUUGGCUCUCUUCACAGUUACAACAAAGAUAAAGAAAAGCCUCUCACAAUCUCAAAAACUGGUCAGGAUUCUUGCCUUGUUCAAUACCAAAAAUUCUAAGAUUUAUACAAUUAUAAUUUAUUGUACUUGGUAGAAAGGAAGGAAGAGAGGCAAAAGGAAAUAUAAGAAAUAAGAAACAAACUUUAUCUUAGGUAUAUAUUUGGUUAAUGUUUUUCAAAUUGAGGUCUUCAAUUAAAAGUCUUCACAUCGUUGAUCAGGGGCGAAGGGAGGGGUGACAACCACCCCCCCCCCACCCAAAUUUUUUUUUUUUUUAAUUAGUAUACAUAUAUAUAUAUAUAUAUAUAUAUAUGUUUUACUACACCUGGCCCCCCACCCCCAAAACAAUCAGCCCUCAAAUUAGGGCGCCGCCGCACAACCAAAAUUUCCCUUCUCUCUCCCUCUUGCUCUAACCCUCUGUUCUUCACCUUCUCCCGAAUCUCCUCCACCUUCAGGCUUCACACAAACUGACAAUCUGUAAUUGACCAGGUACUUACGUGUGUUUGAAUUUUCCUCAAUGUUUAUCACUUAUAAAUUAUCAGAACUCUUAUUUGUUUAUCACUCUGUUUUUCUUCUAGAAAGACUACAGGUCACAGGUGAGCUUCUUCAGAAUUUGGUGGCUGUUGGACCACCACUUUGCUGAGGAUGCAAACUGCAAUCUAGGACAUGGUCUGGAAGACAUCGAAAAGAUGAUGGAUCCCUUCAGAGAUCAGAUACAGUCCACUUUGCUCAGAUAAUCCUCGCAGGUGCGUAAUAGCUAGCUAGAUCGAUCGUCCUCAUGGCGAACGAAGAAAUUCAUGAUGAGGCACUGUCUAAGCAUUUGUUGUCCCUAAAGAAAAAGGUGGAUGCAAGCAUACCGGCCAAAAUCCAGAAGCAUACCGGCCAAAAUCAAGUUCGUCCAGAAGUGCCCUCCUUGUGCUUGGUCCCCACCUGGCUUCGCAGCCAAAAUCGAGAAGCAUACUGGCCAAGCACCAUAUCCAUUGGCCCUCUUCACAGUUUCAAGAAAGAUAAAGAAAAGAUGGCAGUCAAAAUAAGCUACAUGCGUAGCUUAUUUGAUCGAACUGGAGCAUCUGAAGCAACAGAAAGAGCUUGUAUGGCCGCUAUGUUACGGAUGGAGCCCAAUGUUAGGCAAUGCUAUAUCCAAGCCAAACUGGAAGAAGGUCUUGAGCUUGCACAAAUGAUGCUGAUCGAUGGUUGCUUUAUCGUCGAACUUCUAUACAAGAAUUACAAACAAGUCAAAUAUGAUUAUAAUGAUCCCUUUUUGAGAAACCCUUCAAACUACUACGCGGUCCAACGUGACUUAGUGUUACUUGAAAACCAGAUUCCCUUCUUUGUUCUUGAAGAAUUGUUCAGUAAGACAGUUGGAAUUAUAACUUCAGCGGAAAACAACAAACCCACCCUCACUAAUCUUGUCCUUUCAUUUUUUGGCGAUAUGAUGGGCAUGACACAAGUUGGUAAACAAGAAAUCAGGUAUGACACAAAUCCUUUUCAUAUAUUGCAUCUUUUACAUAGUCGUUACAUGCCUUCCACUGAGGAUCAAUUAAACUACAAAUACGAGGAGGUACCUGCACACAAAUAUUCGGCAACACGACUAGACAUGGCAGGAAUCAAGUUUCAGGCAAGUAAAACUUAUGGAGACCUAUUUGACAUUAAAUUUAGUACUGGUUUUCGUUGUUCUUGUUUGUGUCGAGGAGGUAGUAUUGAAAUCCCACAUUUCUCCAUUUUUGAAUCAACCGAGCCAUUGUUGAAAAACCUCAUUGCAUUUGAGCAAAGCUUUCCUUGGGUGAAGAGUUUUUUCACAUCGCAUGCCUUUCUCAUGGAUAUCCUCAUCGACUAUGGAAGGGAUGUUGAAUUGCUUGAAGAAGCAGGAGUCAUAGAUAACUAUUUGGGUUCGAGUGAAGCAGUGUGCCGAGUCUUCAACGAUAUUUGCAAGAAUAUUGCUGUACCACGUCAUUUUCUUUACGGCCGCCUAUUGAAGGACGUCAUGAAUUUCUGCACGCCUUGGCAGUGUUGUAAAAAAAAGCCACUCAAUAAAUGAAGACUUUGUAGUGAGAAAGUAUCCCCGCAAGCAAGAUACAGAGAUCAGAAGGUGCUCAACAAGAUACAAGAAAAAAGUAGGUGAUAUAUAGUCAAAUUCCUUCCUCCAAUUAGCAUUAAAAGUAUCUUCCAUAGCUUUAUGGAAUUGGUGAACCAAAGAAACUCUGCUUGGAGCCUCAACAGAUGGAAGGUGACUUCAGUGAAGAUUCUGGUUCUUCGUUCCCUCUGAGAUUCUCAAUGAAUACCCUCCAUGAUGAAUUCCCGUCAAACCUUUUCACAAUCUCCUCGCAUAGUUCAUCAGAUGGCUUCUUAGAUCCAAACCUUUUCACAAUCUCCUCGCAUAGUUCAUCAGCUGACUUAUCUUUAGAUUCUUUACUUUUUUAUUAUAAAAUUAAAUAUAUAAUACAUAUAUGAUUUAUAUAUAUAUAUACGGUUCCGGUUCUUACCGGUUCCCACGGAUUGGAAUCGGAACCGGAAUCGGAACCGUAUGUCAACGGUUCCUAAAUUUGGAACUGGAACCGGAACCGGAACCGUGAGAA